AUGGAUAGUCGUGUUAGGCACUGUCAGGCACAUUACGAAGAAGGGAAACGCACUCGGAGAUACAACAAUCAUGAGUGUUUCCUGAGCUUCUCAACACACGUGCAUACAGGUUCUGUUAAAAAGCAACUGACCGUGCCAUUGAUAUCAGUUAGAAAUCAAGAUGAUGAAAAACAGCAUAAAACGCGUAAUACUGACGGGGAUUUUCUAACUACAACCGAGGUGUCAAAAAAUUGUAUGUGUUCGAAGAUAUAUGAUCCGGUAUGCGGAACAGAUGACAAAUCGUAUUACAAUCUAUGCCAGUUGGAGUGUGAGAAUAAAUCUAGCAAAGUUAUUGUCAAGCAUCAAGGCAAGUGUAUACCUUUU